ACCACGAACUCAUUUUAUCUGCUUUAUGGGGAAAGCUUGCGUCAGACAUUUUGGAUCCCAAUUGGGACGCUGACGCUGCGUUAGAAGAGGUCCAAAAAUUGAGAGAAACAAUUGAUCAAAAGAACUUUGCAUCUCCCCUGCACCAACUCCAACAACGCACUUGGUUUAUUCAUUGGUCGAUUUUCGUGUUUUUUAACCAUUCAAAAGGACGCGAUAGUAUCAUCGAUGUCUUUUUCAGUCCUUCUUAUAUUAAUACCAUUCAAACAUCAUGCCCGUGGAUUCUCAGAUAUCUCACUACUGCUGUGGUAAUCAACAAGCGUCGGAAAAAUAUUUUAAAAGAUUUGAUUAAAAUCAUUCAACAAGAAAGCUAUGAAUAUAGAGAUCCAAUUACUGAAUUUAUCGAAAGCCUUUAUGUCAAGUUCGAUUUUGAAGGCGCGCAGCAUAAGUUAAAAGAAUGUGAGGAAGUACUUUCAAACGAUUUUUUCCUUGUAGCAACAAAGGUGGAAUUUAUUGAAAAUGCUCGGUACUUGAUAUCAGAAACUUAUUGUCGGAUUCACUUGAAGAUUGAUAUAAGUGGUUUGUCUCAAACGUUGAACUUGGGUCAAGAGGAAGGUGAAAAAUGGAUUGUCAAUUUGAUUCGUGAUACACGGGUUGACGCAAAAAUUGACUUUAAAGAGGUGUUAUCUUCUGCAAUUGAGAAACGUGAAGCCCAUCAAUCUUCUAAUAUCGUCGAGACCAUU